AUGACUACCAAACCUAAGGUCACCAUCGAGCGGCACGCUUGCUUCUUUGUGAACCGUUGGGCAGAGCUUGCCCGUGGCGCUGUAGGCCUCGUCUGGGGAUAUACAGAGAUUGAAGGGGAGUCCCAGGUAGCGAGUGUAGACGAGGAGCCAGGGGGCAAUGCUGUGCUGGAUGAGGAAGUUGGUUCCGUCCGCUUUGGUGCCGAGGUGUUCAGGCGAUAUUCUAUGGGCGGAGUCCUUGCCUGCCGCUCAGUAUUUAGGCGAGUCUAUGAGCGCGCCGAAGGUGGACCCAUAGCAGCUUUCGCUGCUUCGUUAGUUUGGUUUGCUCGCCAGGCGUCCUUACUGCGGUAUAGAUAUUCAGUGUAA